UACCAACGAACAGUGCUUUCUUGAACUUGCUUCACCAAUGUCUUUCAUUUUGAAUAUAUUAAGAAACAUGCUGGCAUAUUUUGGUGUUCCUGUAGACCAGGAUUUGCUGACUUGGCAAAAUAAAAACUAUGGGUCAGCUCGGAGCAUCAUUCGUAUUAUUGGGAGAAUGCUUCCUUUGAAACCUUGUGGAAGACCUAGUUUUGAGUUGCUCCUGCACUUGAACUCUAUGGAGUCUGAUGAGCAUGAACCUACAGUUCCGUCUUUUGCUGAUGUUUUGUGUGUGGCAAAUGAUGAAGAAGCCAAUUGUCUCAGGUUUCGACAGAACAAACCAGUGACAAGUGAUCUCCCAGUAAAUGAAGCUGCAAUGAAAAAGAUAGCUGCCCUUGAAGAUGAGCUGACUUUCCUUCGGUCUCAGAUUGCUGCGAUUGUGGCAGCACAGGGCCUGAGAGAGAGUGAAGAGGCUGGCUUCAUUGACUUGAGUGAUGGAUGCAGAGUGGAACAAACGUCAUCAUUAUCCGUGACCGAAGGGCUGAGUGCAGAACCACACCCCUUUCCAAGCGUGGGACUGUCUUCUCCUCCUCCGCCACCACCUCUUCCUCAGUAUUCUCUCCAGCCUUCAAGUCCUCCUCCCACGCAACCUGGGUCUACUCAGACGUGGGACAUGGACAGGCCAGCUGCUGCUGACUGCCGUCAUUCAACAAGCCAGAGAGUUACAGAUGUUCCAAGCAUGCUGGAUGUUCUAAAGGACAUGAGUAAGGUCCAGCUUCGGCCUGUUGAAAGGUCACCGGGUGGUAGACCCAUUCAAAAGAAGAAAAGAAAAAGCUCACAAUGGGAUCCGGUGUCUAUAAUAGCUAAUGCACUUAAGCAGAAGUUUGCAUUUCAAGAUGAUUCCUUUGACAGAGAAAACAGGUCUUGGGAAUGUUCUCCGUUUUCCAGUCCAGAAACCUCCAGGGGCCACCAGUCUCAGCUGGUGACCACCACGAGCCCUGAUGAAGCCGCUGACUUCCUCAGCUCUGAGCACGGCUCCUGA